AUGGGUUCCAGUGAAGACCAAGACCCAAGACCGCUGAGAGACUUUUCCUGCCUACUCUGUCGGCAGCGAAAGGUAAAAUGCGACCGACACGACCCAUGCGCUAACUGCCUCAAGGCUCAGACACAAUGUGACUUUGUCGCACCAGUACGUGGCAGGCGCGGGAGGAAGCCAAAGGCAGUCCACGAGGGUCUGCAUGCCAAGUUACGUCGAUAUGAGCUCAUGCUUGAGAAGCACGGUGAGAGGCUGGACGAGGCACCCGAGGAGGACAUGGACUGUUCGGACAACGAUGCCGCUUCGGAGCCUGCGUUCCAACGGCCAACGACUGAAUCAUCCAUGUCGAUAGACUCGACGCCCCAGGAUCACACUACCAGAUAUAAUGUCAACUCUUCGUCCCGGUAUUUUGAUAGCACGUUGUGGUCAAGCAUUGGCAGCGAUCUUAAACAGCCAUCCAACGAUAGGCCACAUGAACAAAUGGAACCUAUGGAUUCCGCAGACGAAAAUGACGCCCCCCUCCUCUCAUGGUUAGAAGGUCGUCCUAGUCGCACGGAGCCUUCACUCGACCUGCGGGAGUUUUAUCCCGAUGCUGCCACAUUCUACCAACUUCAACACAUAUUCACUGACAAAAUUGAUAAUAUGUUGAAGAUGCUUCAUCUGCCGUCACUGUUUAACACCUUGAACGCGGCACUCACUAGGCCUGACGGCAUGUCAAAAAACACCGAAGCUAUUUUGUUCUGCUGCUGUCUCGCCACUGUCAGUACCAUGACGCAAGACGAAUGUCGGACCAUUUUGAAGCAGGAUAAGUCUCCUGUGCUUCGCAAGUACAAGAAGAUUGCAACGCAAGCUCUCACCAAUGCUGCAUUUGUCGAGCAUCCGGACUUAACCAACCUCCAGGCGCUCUCACUCUACCUGUUUGGAGUUAAAAGGUUCUAUAGCUACAACACGCUCAACAUAUUGUGUGGGUUGGCAGUUCGUCUGGCUAUGCGUAUUGGCCUGCACCGGGACGGGGUCACCUUGGGCUUACCACCUUUUGAAAUAGAGCUACGUCGUCGGCUUUGGUGGCACAUCAUUCAGCUCGACUUCAACACUUCAGAUUUACUGGGUAUCCGGCCGUCGUUGGAUAUAUUUGUUGGGGACACAAAACCGCCAUCCAAUGUCGAUGAUGAAGACAUUGGCCCGGGCAUGACGGAGCUCCCUAGGGAGCGGACUGGCAUUACAUCCUUAACACUCGUCCGUGUCCGCUGUGACAUCACUCAAUUUCUCAGACACCUUUAUCUCUCUUCCUUGUCCUCGAACGCAAGUGGCUUUGACAUCAUCAGCAGUGCUGCAGUUUCCGUGGAAGAAAAGGAGCGGAUGAUUGCAAAGUUGCAGGACUCGUUUGAAUCCAAGUACCUGCGGUACUGUGAUCCUUCAGAGCCAUUGCACAUGUUUGUGUCGAUUGUCAUACGCUCUGUCAUUUGCAGGAUGAAAGUUCUGACCUACAAUCCAAGAUACUUUGCCGAGAAGCAAAUGCAAUUAACCGCACGCGAACGAGAAGUUUUAUUCGUCAACGCGAGCAAAUUGCUAGAGUAUGCGGCCUUGCUCCGCAACACACCCAGUUUCCAUAAGUACAUUGGCCGUACAAGUGCGACGUAUAUCUGGGACACCAUUCUCUACGUCCUCAUUGCUGCUCGUCACCGCAAAGCAGGUCAUGAAAUUGAGCGGCUCUGGCAUCUCAUUGGCAUACUGAUUUCUCACAAUCCGGACAAUUUUGGCAGGGCAGCUGAUGCUGUUUACACGGCGCUAUCGAAAUGGAUACCGGAGGUUUGGGACGAGUACGCUGCCGCAGCUAGAACUCAGGGACUACCUACGCCGGUGCCGCCGGAUUACCUGGUGGAAAUGAAGUCAUCACGCGGCACCGCUAGGCCUCGAACUGAGAGUCAAGAAGCUGUCACAUCCCAUUCCACAAAUGCGGCUGAGCAGCCAGUGCAGACUCCUCAGAAGGGAGUGAUGUCGGCAGAUGAUGGUUUUCAGUUUUCGGACUUGGAUGCCUUUGCUGCGGACCCGAAUGAAUGGCUUCAGUGGGAGCGGCUGCUGGCCGGUGAUGAUCUUUUUGGCAUUUCCUGGGAUUAG